AGCCAAUCUGGACCGAGCAGUGUAGCCCAAGCGAUUUGAUCUCAAGCCGACUGCACCUACUUUUUUUACGGCUUCUUCCUCUUUACACACAUGGCCUCGUCAGCGGGGUGCGGUCCGUCUCAGUGGGUCAACAGUGUCAUUUCCAACGCCACCUGCAACGAUAGCGGCUUCUCCGGCCCGCCUGGAACAUGCAGGGGCGACAGUCAGGGUGUCCGCAUGGCCGCGUCAUCGACGGAUACUUUCAGGCCCGGCGUGCACUCGCAGCCCCCCAUGCAGGCGCCCCCCGCGCAGGAGAUGGACGCGGAGUUCUGGGAGACCGACGACGAGUUCGACCACCCGCGCAGCAUCGCGACGGCGGCAAGCUCGCGAGGCGGCUGCGCGCCCGACAGCGCGCAGGGCGCCGCCCGGCCGGCAUCAGACCCGCGGCCGCCGCCGCUGCCCGGAGGCGCGCCGCUGCUCCACGGCGCCGCGCGCCCCGUGCACGGCGGCCGCGCUGCUCCACCGCGGCCGCCCGGCGUGCGGCUGCGCCCCGCCGCCAGGCCGCAGCAGCAGCAGACGGGGCCUCCAGGCGACUGGUCCUCGCAGUGGCGGGCCCCUGCCCACGCCGGGGGCGAGGCGGCGCCCGAGGCGCGCGGCCUGGGCCGCGGCCGCAGCGCGAGGCCUCCGGCCUGGGGAAGGCCGGCGGGGGCCUGCGGCGGCGAGCGCGCGUCCGCGGGGACGCCGGAGGAACGGCGGGUGGAGCAGAGGCGGCAGCUGCCCGAGCGGAGGGCCGGCGUGGUGGGGCUGGAGCUCCAGCGGAGUGGCGCGCCGUCGCCAGCCGAGGGCGCCGCGCUCGCCGCCCCAGACUCUGGACACGCUCGAGCUACCACCACGCUCGUGAUCAGAAAUAUCCCCAUGGACACGACGCAGAGAGAUCUGCUUGAUCUCAUCGACAGGACCGGCUUCGCGAACCGAUACGACUUCGUCUACAUGCCGACGGAUUUCGACGCGGGGACCGCCAGGGGGCACGCUUUCGUAAAUUUCGCCACCCCCAGUGUCGCUCGCGAUUUCUUCACCAUGUGGAACGGAUCGAAGCUAGUCAUUGCUGGAGCUACCUCGCCCAUGCUCGAGAUCAGUGCGUCGGCGCUGCAGGGCUACUCAGAGAACGCAGAUAGGUGGAAGGCAAGCCGGCUGCGCCGCACGAGGAACCCCGAGCACCGCCCCUUUAUCGCCGAGAGGCCGGCUGCCGAGUAGACGUUCCCUCUGUCAAUGAGGCCUGUCGGCCGACAAGGGCAGCUCGGGGGGCGGGCAUGGAGGGGAGCUGGGCUGGGAGCCGAGCAACGCGCCCCCAGAGCGCUCCGACAGGUGUCUCACACGCGUGGUGGUGACUCUUCUUCAUUGCGCUGAUACCAAUCCGCCACUUGCAUCAGUCUGAUCUGCAACAUUUGUGUUCCAUGCCUCUCCCAGCGGCUUGAUCACUGCCCUGAUAUUUUCCACCUCAGCAGUUCCAUGCCUCGAGGCGUUGUCAAUCUUAUCUCGCCCCCCCAGAUGGCUCCGCGUCCUCGUGAAUAUUAUUCGUUGCGCUGAUACCAUGCGUUUCCAUGCAUCAGUAUGAUCUGCUACAGUUGUUUUUGCAUUAGUGUGUGAUCACUGCCCUGAUCGGUUUCACCUUAGCAUGUUCAUGCCUGACAAGCUCACUGUGUAUGCGGCUCGAGCGGGAAGGGGGA